CGAAGAUGAGGAUCUUGUAGCUGAGGCUCGUGAGAUCCAGGUCGUUGGAGAUGUCCUUGACCAGCUCCAGGAAGAACUGCCGUUCAUUAUGCUCCUUGAGGUAAAGACUGAAUGAAGGCGGCUUCAGAAAUUCAUGAAUGGGAGUUGGGCUGGCUGGGAAAACACGGCAAAUCCGAGAUCGGAGGAGAUUCCCGGCCGCCAGAGACACCCGUCCCUACAUCGGUCCGUGCGGCGCGCAGCCCGGACACCCUCCAGAGCGGGGCUCGCGGGGACACUCGGGGCUCUCCGCCGCAGCCGCAAGUCGCAAGAGGUCGGGCGAGCGCCGCUGGCACCGCGACCCGGAGCCCGCUCGGGGAGCGGCAGACAAAGAAGCUCUCCGACCGCCUCACUACGGCCCCGAGCCGCCGGGGCUCCGCACCCCUCGGCGGGCACCGCUUCGCCACGGCUCGCCCCCCCGCACGGGGCGGCUGCGACAGAAGGACGGCGCUCCAUUGAUAAACCGCCGGUGGCUCCGCUUCUCAAUGGGGCGGAGAGGGGCGCGCAGGCGCGGGCUGUCGGGGCUGGGAAGGGGAGCGGAGCCGCGCCCCGGCCGCCCAGGCGUGCCCGGCUGCGGAGCCGCGGGGAGCGUGCGGUGGGGCCGCGGGGUGACGCGCUGCAAAGGGGCUUCCCCGAGCUGCCCGCGCCUCCGCCCGCCGCUGGAACGCUGUCAGGGCUGGGAACGGGGAUCGCUGCCCCUCAGCCGCUGUCACAGCACGGGAGGAGGACGCUGCUGAGAUGCCGGUCUCGCCGCCCGCGGCCACUGUGUAAGCAUCGCCCUCGGGGGGCACCUGCUCGCCCGUAGCCACCGAUUCCCGCCUGGCCUUUCCGCUGGCAUUUACUUUUUGCAGCGCUGGCACAAACAUGCCGCCUGCGCAAAGAAACAGCUUUAAGCUGCUGAGCGCCUGGCAGGCACGCACCUCGAUCUCUCAGCAGAGGCCCUUUAGGCAUCUCCAUACGGUUGAAAUGAUUGUGUGUAAACAGUUUUUUGCCAUCUCAGUGCAGUAGCACUCAUACCAGUGCUUUAAUACAAAAUGGGUACUGUGCAGCAGUUCUGCGUGUGGACACAAGGCAAUGCAGUGUUUCUGUAAGUUCAGGCAUAAAGCAUUUCUCUAGGCUAUUCAGUGAAUUGUUGCAGAAAAGCCCUCCUUAGAAGCCUGACCUGUUGUUUCAGUGGAUAUAAGGAGAUAAUUUGGGUUUGCCUGCAGCCUGGCACAUGUCUGGAUGCCUCUGUUUGCAGCGUGAGUACACUGAGCACACGGUACUCUGGGCUGCAGCUUCGUGUGUGGGCCUGAGAUAGAUAGAUAGAUAGAUAGAUAGAUAGAUAGAUAGAUAGAUAGAUAGAUAAACUACAGCUUUAAUUGGGAGAGACAAAAACGCACAUGGAUUUCAUCAGCUCCAUAGUUUUGUUGUGCACUAUUAUAGUUCUAUGGGUAUGCUGCAGUGAACUACAGACAGCAUACAGCUGGUGCAUGUCAUGUAUGGUGCACUGGUUGUUGGUAUGGAUUGAUGAUGCUAACUCUGACAGCAUGACAGCUUUGUAGCCUGGUCUCCUAAUGUACAAAGGUUAAAGCACCUUACAAAGAUGCUUUAACAGAACGACAAGCAGAAGCAUCAGUGCAUUUGUCAGUCUAUUUCUCUAUUGAGAAAAGCAGGGAGGGGCACAGCACUCUUCAAAAUGCAAUGGAGGAAAGUACCCGUGGAAACUUUUGUCAUUCAGGCAGAUGCUUUACUUUAAUUGACUAUAAACAGUCAACAGCACAAGUCCUAAAUAUUAUACUUGAAAGUGGAAUGUAUUUUAUAGCUACAGGACACAAGGAAAGUAAAGCAGGUACUCACGUGCUUGCGUCAUAGAAUGUUUUAUCACUUACUGCCUUUGCUAAAUUCACUGCUUUGGAGCUCUUUAAGACAGUGAAUUGAAACCCCUAGUUGGAAUACACUGGAACAAUACUGAUGAGUACCUGGGUACAGAUAAGACAGCAAAUUAAUUUUGUACCAAUGCUCCUUUUCGUGAUGACGUAAGGAAACCUUGCUGGAGUGGGAUACAUUAAAAUCAUUUUAACAUCAUUUGUGUAAACAGAUAAUUACACUGUAAAUCUUGAUUCAAGUGUUAAAGGAGAGUUCGUGUGGUUUUAGCAGGAGUGUAAUCACUUUCAUCAACAACCCACAGUUAGUGAAAAUAUUAUUACUAAUUUCAGUUGCUAAAGUUGGUCAGCCCUCAGUCAUUCUACAUGUUAGAGGAAACCUCAAUAUAUUAGCAUCAAGUGGAGAAAAAAAUCCACAACUCUGAAAGAUGACUGGUAGAUUAUUAUACCAUUUUAAUACAUGAAGGAACAGUGACAAUGCAGUGAGCAAAAAGAAAACCUUCUCCAAAAGAAAAACUUUAUUUAGUUGUCCAGCGUAAUAUGGGGCCUUCUUGUUUGCUUAGCUGUAACCAAAUAGCAACAGUUUCAGUGGGUCUUUGAAUAACUAGUUGGAGAAGUGUGCUCUCUGCUUAGGGAAAGGAACAGUAUUUUCUGUGGCAUACUCCAUAAGGAUGUAUGAAAAACAUGACACAGUCUAAGUAAUACUCACCUCUUGAAGCUGUUUAUGAGGAUACAGCACCUUGAACCAUGCUUUUAUUUGAUUUUAAGGCCCUAAUGAACAAUAACUAUCAAAACACUAUCAAAACACUAAAACUUGACAUAGCAGCCCAUCAAAAUUCAGAAUGUUUUUUUCAUUGUCAUUACAGCUACAGCAGCAACGGUUCACAAACAAGUUGCAUUUUUCAAGUAUGUAAUAAGAUCAGCUCUUUCAUUCUGCUUUUUAAUUCCAGCAAAAAUAGUUUUUUUACCAGGAAUGUAUUUCUUAGGGUUUUCCAAUACUCCAUCGGUGCGCUCUCACUCCAGGUGAACAUAGUUCCUUUGAACUAUGUAAAUAUCUUUAUCAUUUCAGUAUUUAGAUGGCCAAACUGCAAAUGAGUGUACACAGAGUGUAUAUAGAUUGUUGUUUUAAUGAAAGUUGUGGUCUGCGAAAGGACCUUAGAAAAAGUUACCAAUGUCCACUCCUGGAUUGUCGCAAGAGAAUUUGAAAAAGCAUUAAUUUUUCCUUUCAACCUUGCUAAGUUCUGCCCAUCAGCAGAAGCCUGCUGUUGUACAGGAGACUACUGAAGUACCUGAUGAUAAUGAUCUGCUCACACUUAUGCACAAUUGACUCAGAUAUCAUUUGGUUGGUUUUCUUUUAGAAUUUCGUUCUAAUGUUCCUAUCCUUAGGACUUUUUACUGUUUGUAAUUACUUCAUUUGAACAUGGUUUAGAUCAAAAUAAUAUCCAUUCAAAAGGAAAACCUGAAAAAGAAUACACAGACUUAUUUUCCAUUUGUAGCUGUUAUGUUGCCUUUCAAGACUGUACUAAAAUACACGAGGCGAGUCAUUGCUUACUGGUAGGUGAUGGUGUUUAGUCAAGUAUUGCAGAGUAAAACAAAUGCAGCACACCACAGUGUCAGUAGAGGGUGGUGACGAGCAAACAAAAUCCAGAAGCGUCCUUAACAGAAAUGAAAAUUUGCCCAUAGAUACUGCACAGUUCUGGGAAAGCUGACCUGGCGUAAUAAAUAGUGGCAAAAUUUCUUUGUAAUUUAUAGGCUGAGUAAUUUUGCUUCUGAAAUUGCAGUUUAGAUUCAUUUUACGUUUACGCAAAGCAGAUGCUAUGAGAGUAACUCACUGUGAAUGAGCCUCAGUGUUGUAUGUAAGGAAAACUUGUUUUCUUUACCCAUGUAUGUUCCAUGCAGCACCUCGUGUCACGUUGCUUCACCUUUCUUCUUGUUUGCCUCUGAGUAGGGAAAUCCUGCACUUGUCCUGUUCUGCAGCCAAAUAAAACCCCAAAGAUUUGGUCCUGUCUCGUGCUUUCCACCUUUUUCAACUGUGUGGCACUGAGGACAUCUCUGAAUAAAGAUCUUCUUGCCUUUUUCAACAUCACCCAUUUUGCACUACGUAAAAGAAAAAUAACAAUAAUGGAAUGAUAUUAUAGACAAGUCCUCUCACGGAGAGAUCUCCUCGCCUUU